AUGACAUGUUUUGAGGCACCUCAAAAAUCCCGUCAUGACAUCUUCGGAGUGGUGCUCUUUGAGCUCAUCACGGGGCGCGUCCCUGUCCUUUCCAUCAUCAUGUGCUGCUUUCCCCCUGUCAUUCCCUUGCCCCCUGUCGUCCCCUUUCAUUGCCCGCCUCCCAGCUUCGGAGUGGUGCUCUUUGAGCUCAUCACGGGGCGCGUCCCUGUCUUGCCUAUUGUCUUCGGAGUGGUGCUCUUUGAGCUCAUCACGGGGCGCGUCCCUGUCCUGCCUGAUGGCAUGCAGCUCGUGCACUGGAGGCCGAUCAGUGCGUCGCUGAUCCGCUUUGCAGAGCUGGCGCACUCGUGCAUCCUCUUUGACCCGCUCUCCCGCCCCUCCAUGGCGGAUGUGGCCCAUGCCCUCCAUGCCAUCUAUCUCGACAAGGACUACAGCUCGAUACCCUCCGCUGCACAACAUAAGCGCUCCCAAUCCCACACUCAGCACCAACACCAGAACCAGUCCCAGUCCCAGGGCCAGUCGCAGGGGCAAGGAGCCCAGUCCUCCUCCUCUCGCUCCUCCCCCACCGCCUCUGAUGAUGACGGCAGCAAUCGCGGGUCACAGCAGAGAGGCACUCAACCCAACAGCCACAGCAGCGGCGGCAGUAACGCGAGCGGUGGUGGGGUGUUGCCCCCAAAUGAAGGGGGGAGUCGAGAGGAGAAGCUAGAGUUGCUUGGUCCAUCACGAGCCGCCAUGAGCGGCGUCUUGGAGCUCACUGUGGUGGGAGCGUCGGGUCUGAAGGACAAGGAGCUCUUCACGAAGCAGGACCCGUACGUCGUGGUGGAGUACGGUUCCCAACGGUUCCGCACCAAGACAGAUAAAGAUGGCGGCACAACCCCGGCAUUCAACUCCACGUUCCACCUGCAGCUGCUCCCAGGUGUGGAGGAGUUCUCUGCGGUGCUGUGGAAUGACAACCUGGGGCGCGACGAUGUGAUUGGCAGCUGCCGAGUCAACUUCCGCCAGGCAUUCUCCAUGGGCAUUUGGGACAUGUGGCACCCCGUCUACACCAAGAGCCAGAAGCAACGUGGCAGCCUUCAUUUGAUCAUCAAGGCUCCUGGGGCUAGGGCACCUGGAGGAUACCCCCCAUCGUCAUAUCCGCCUGCACCGUAUCCCACCGCACCAUACCCCCCAGCCCCAGCAUACCCGCCCCCAUCCGGCCCACCAAACCCAUACCCACCCGCCCCAGGCUACCCCACCCCUCCCCCAUCCGCCUAUCCUCCCCCAUCCUCCUCCGCCCCUCCCCCAUCCGCCUACCCUCCCCCAGCCGCCUCCCCCUAUCCCCCCGCCUCCUCCUCCUACCCGGCCCCUUACCCCCAGAGCGCCCCUGCGCCUUACCCGGCUGGCCACUCCAAGCCUCCUAGCGUCUCCUCUUCAGUUAACACUGUGCUGGGAGCAGUGGGAGCAUUGGUAGGAUCAGCAGCAGCAUAUGCGGGUGCGCAUGCGCAUAGCCAUAGCCACUACCCUCCGGCACCGUAUGGGUAUCCGCCCCCUCCCCCUGGCCCGUAUGGGUAUGGGGCUCCCCCUGUGGUGCGUUGCACAGCGAACUGGCUUAGACGUAUGGUUACCCCCUUUUUCGCUUUCUCUCACUCAGAUCUCAUUUCCUUCUCCCCUUAUCCGCGCUUCGCCUAUUUCCGGCCUCCCCUCGCCCGCCCCUCCUAUUUCCGCCUCUCCCCUAUCCGCGACUCCCUUUGUCUGCUGCACUGCGCCAGUGUGGUGGGUGCGACAGGGCUGAAGGACAAGGAGUUUUUCACGAAGCAGGAUCCGUACGUCGUGGUGGAGUACGGUUCUCAACGGUUCCGCACCAAGACGGAUAAAGAUGGCGGCACCACGCCUGCUUUCAACUCCACGUUCCACUUGCAGUUGCUCCCAGGUGUGGAGGAGUUCUCUGCGGUGCUGUGGAAUGACAACCUGGGGCGCGACGACGUGAUUGGCAGCUGCCGAGUCAAUUUCCGUCAGGCGUUCUCCAUGGGCGUUUGGGACAUGUGGCACCCCGUCUACACCAAGAGCCAGAAGCAACGUGGCAGCCUUCAUUUGAUCAUCAAGGCUCCUGGGGCCGGAGCACCUGGAGGAUACCCCCCAUCAUCAUACCCGCCUGCACCGUACCCCACCGCACCAUACCCCUCAGCAUAUCCCCCCACAGGGUCACCCUACCCACCCCCAUCCGGUUCACCAAACCCAUACCCUCCAGCCCCAGGCUACCCCUCCCCUCCCCCAUCCGCCUACCCUCCCCCCUCCUCCGCCCCUCCCCCAUCCGCCUACCCUCCCCCCUCCUCCGCCCCUCCCCCAUCCUCCUCCGCCCCUCCCCCAACCUCCCACGCCCCUCCCCCAUCCGCCUACCCUCCCCCAUCCUCCUCCACCCCUCUCCCAUCUUCCUCCGCUGCUUCCCCAUCCGCCCACCCUCCCCCCUCCUCCGCCCCUCCCCCAUCUGCCUACCCUCCCCCAUCCUCCUCCGCCCCUCCCCCAUCCGCCUACCCUCCCCCAUCCUCCGCCCCUCCCCCAUCCGCCUACCCUCCCCCAUCCUCCUCCACCCCUCCCCCAUCUUCCUCCGCUGCUUUCCCAUCCGCCCACUCUCCCCCAUCCCCCUCCGCACCUUCCCCAUCCGCCCACCCUCCCCCAUCCUCCUCUCCCCCUCCCCCAUCCGCCUACCCUCCCCCCUCCUCCGCCCCUCCCCCAUCCGCCCACCCUCCCCCAUCCUCCUCUGCCCCUCCUCAAUCCGCCUACCCUCCCUCCUCCUCCGCCCCUCCCCCAUCCGCCCACCCUCCCCCAUCCUCCUCUGCCCCUCCCCCAUCCGCCUACCCUCCCCCAUCCUCCGCCCCUUCCCCAACAGCCUCCCCCUAUCCCCCCCCUUCCGCCUACCCUGCCCCUUACCCUCAGAGCACCCCUGCGCCUUACCCUGCUGCCCACACCGCCCCUCCUGCACAUGCACAUGCACAUGCACAUGUACAUAGCCAUUAUCCCCCUGCGCCGUAUGGGUAUCCUCCCCCUCCUCCUGGCCCGUAUGGGUAUGGGGCUCCCCCUGUGGUGGUACACCACCAUGGCCACCAUGGUUACCACCAUGGUCAAGAGAUGCUUUUGUUAUACCUUAGCUGA